UUGCUGCUCUGAUGUGACUGACUGGGAAAACAGAAGCAAUGUUGAAUAGUCAACACAUGGGACGUUUGAGAAUUACAUGAAACGGUGUUAGAAAUAAAAAGCGUUGACGUUUGUGUGACUAAAGCAGGAAGGCACUGUCUGAUGAUGAUCAUGGUUUCUCUGGACCAUGUGGCUCACAAAAUAUUGACUUACAUCCCAUAUGUUCUCGUUUUGAUUGAUAUGAGAUUUGAAGGAGUGAAAUGUGGCAGGGAUGACAGUGUGGACAACCAUAUGGAGAUGGGGAAGAAACUGCUCGCUGCUGGACAGCUAGCAGACGCCCUCUCUCAUUUCCACGCUGCUGUGGACGGAGAUCCAAAGAACUAUAUGGCCUUCUACAGGAGAGCGACAGUGUUUCUAGCUAUGGGGAAGUCAAGGUCUGCACUGCCAGAUUUGAGCAAAGUCAUUGAACUCAAACCAGAUUUCACAUCUGCAAGACUGCAAAGAGGAAAUCUCCUUCUGAAACAGGGCAGACUCGAUGAAGCGGAGAGUGACUUCAAAAAAGUGCUGAAGACCAACCCCAGCGACAAAGAGGAGAAGGAAGCCCAGAGUCAGCUGACAAAGUCGGAUGAGAUUCAGCGACUUGUGGCUCAUGCACGCAGCAGCUUUGACAGCCACGAUUAUGUGACAGCUGCUGCUCAACUUGACACUAUCAUUGAGACUUGUGUUUGGGACGUGAGCUCCCGUGAGAUGCGAGCAGAGUGCUUUAUUCAAAUGGAAGAGAUGGGGAAGGCCAUCAGUGACCUUAAAGCGACAUCCAAGUUGAAGAAUGACAACACCCAGGCUUUCUACAAACUCAGCACCAUCUACUACAAACUGGGUGACCACGAGAUGUCCCUCAACGAGGUGCGUGAAUGCCUGAAGCUCGAUCCCGACCACAAGCAGUGUUACAGUCAUUACAAGCAGGUCAAGAAGCUCAACAAACAGAUCCAGUCUGCAGAGGAACUUAUCCAAGACCAGAGGUACGAAGAUGCAGUGAGUAAAUACGAAGCAGUGAUAAAAACUGAGCCCAACGUGCAACCUUUCUCUCUGCUCGCCAAGCAGCGCAUCUGCCAUGCCCUGUCACAGAGCCAACAGACGAGCAGAGCGAUCUCCGUGUGUAGCGACGUCCUCCAGGCCGACCCUGAGAAUGUGAGUGCGCUGAAGGACAGAGCUGAGGCCUACCUACAGGACGAGCAGUAUGACGAAGCUAUUAAGGACUACGAGACUGCAGGAAAACACAGUGAGAACGACCGUCAGGUAUCAGAAGGCCUGGAGAGAGCUCAGCGACUUCUCAAACAGUCUCAGAAGAGGGAUUAUUACAAGAUCCUCGGAGUGAAGAGAACUGCCCAGAAAAAGGAGAUUAUCAAAGCCUACAGAAAACUAGCACAGCAGUGGCAUCCCGAUAACUUCCAGGAUCCAGAGGAAAAGAAGAAGGCGGAGAAGAAGUUCAUCGACAUCGUUCAGGCCAAAGAGGUCCUCACUGACCCAGAGAUGAGAACAAAGUUUGAUCACGGGGAGGACCCCAUGGAUCCACAGAGCCAACAGGGUCACCAUCAUCAUCAGCACUUCCAUCAAGGCUUCCAGGGAUUCAACCCGUUCGGAUCUGGACCCUUCAACUUUAAAUUUAAUUUCAACUGAGGAAUCCCGCACAGCUGGAGUUUUGGUAUUUGCCUCCCUAUUUAAGGGGAGAUCACUGGUACGAUGUCAGUGCAUACCAAUCAUUCUCUCACAAACUGUGACUUUAAUUCAGUGACCUUAAUUCAAAAUGAAUCCCUGUUGUUAAAUGAUACAACUUGAAUUCCGUUUGUGGAAGAUCUGUUGCUAUGCUAACAAUUAUCCGCAGUGUGUGAAGCAGCUUUUAUCCUUCUCCUGUCAUUUCUAAUUCACAUCCAUUCGUUUCAAUUUGUUCAUAGGUACAGUACUAUUUUUAUAUGGAGUUUUUCUGAACUGUAAAUAAUGACGUAUUUAUGUACAUGAAAUUAAAGUGAGGAGGAGUUG